AUGGCAAAGGACGAGGCAGGAAAAGAAAAGGAGUUAUAUAUAACUCAGAUGAAACAUCUGGAGGAAAACCUUAAACGAUCGGAGCUCAGACGUGAUGCUCUGAGGAAAGAAAACAAGGAGUGUACCAUACACUGCAACAAACAGGAGCAGGACGACCGUGAUGAGACAUUGUACCUAACGCACCGCCUUUCUGAACUGAAGGAAGAUAAAGAGGAGGUGGUGGGACUGUUGGAGAAGGAGCAGUUACUUGCAAAACAGUUUGCAGAGGCGGAUGAGCUGCUGAUGAGUCAGGAGAGGCAAGAGACCCAAGAGUUACAGGAGAGGAUCGAUCACUUAACCUCUACGCUCGACAAGCAAGCUGCUCAGGAGAAGGAGCAGAAUGCAGAGCUGGAGGAGCUGACUCAGAAGCAGUCCAGUCUGAGUUGUGAGGAGCUCGCUGCUCAGCUGGCUGCUCUGCAUAAUGAGCAUAAAACUGCUGUUGAAAAGCUGAAGCACAACAAGGCAAAGAGGAGAAAUGAAAUGGAGAAUGAAAUGAAGCAGGCCGUGAAACUCGAGGCCCAAGCCGCUCUUAAACUGAAAAGACGUCAGCACAAGAUGGAUGAAAUGAAAGCUUAUCGUGUACUUCCAAAUCCGAAGGUCCUGAAACAGCAAAAAAUGUCUUUGAAAAAACGCCUUGUGGCGCUUCAUAAGGAGGAAGAAACAGAACAGAUCGUCCUCAGUAAAAAUAUCAAGAUGAUUUCUGACCUCGAAAAAGAAAAAGAGGUCCUGACUGGGCAAAUCCAAAAGCUCCAGGAUGAAAUGAAGGCUUCAGUAAACCGCCGUCAGGCUCUGCUCGAGAAGAACGAGGCUUUCAGACAAGAUCAGGCCGAGGAGCAGAUUCAGUUUGCCGUCAAACAGGCUGAGCUGGUCAGCCAGCUGGAGCAGGAGAGGAGUGAGGUCAGGAAACUGGAGCGAGUCAUGAAGCAGGGAACAGCUAAUCUCACAACGGUCCUGAAGAAGCCUGAGAGAAGGUCUUAUGUUGGGAAGAAGAUGGAGGAGGUGCUGAAAGCUCUAGAGAGCGCCUGCCCAGAAGCAGCCAGUGAAAAGACUGCAACCCCGGAUCGUGACCCGUUGUUCCUGCUGGCCAAAUACAGUCCAGGUGAUGAUGGUUUCGUACCCCGACCCACAUGGAACCCCAAAACACGUUCCAACGGGACCGUGCCACCUCACGAAAGGGAAAGCGGCUGUCGCCGGACUUCUGGUCAACGAGACGGCCUGGCCUACCGUCGUGCUGGGGAAAACUUUCGUCUCUUCCAGGACAAAUAUAUGUAG